AGCGCUGUAGCAGGGAAGUCCCCCCCCGCCGCCCCGGCCCUGGGAUUGGCAGCCCGGAGCUGGGGGGAGGGGGGCAGGAGGGGGAGGGGCCUGUGGAGGGCGGGGGUGUUGUUUGUAUCCAGAGUCAGUCAAAGGCAAGUGAAGGUGGACAGACGGGCGGACGGGGGUGCAGGCGGAGCCGGACACACGGACAGAGCAGGCGCAGCCAUGACCGAGCUCCACGAGGUGCAGAUCACGGAGGAGAAGCCCCUGCUGCUGCCCCCCUUGCAGCCCGUCCCAGGCAAGAAGCACUCGGUGGAGACGCCCUAUGGACUCGUGGCCUUCACCGUCCAUGGCUCCCCGAAGCCCAAGCGCCCGGCCAUCCUGACCUACCAUGACGUGGGGCUCAACCACCAGUCCUGCUUCGAGCCACUCUUCCGUUUUGAGGACAUGCAGGAGAUCAUCAAGAACUUCGUGGUGGUUCACGUGGAUGCCCCCGGCAUGGAGGAAGGAGCCCCGCUGUUCCCCUUGGGGUACCAGUACCCGUCGCUGGACCAGCUGGCCGACAUGAUCCCCUGCAUCUUGCAGUACCUGAACUUCACCAGCAUCAUCGGCAUCGGGGUGGGAGCCGGUGCCUACGUCCUCGCCCGCUACAGUCUCUCUCACCCUGACACCGUGGAGGGCUUGGUUCUGAUCAACAUCGACCCCAAUGCCAAGGGCUGGAUGGACUGGGCAGCUCACAAGCUGACCGGCCUGACCUCGUCCAUCCCCGAGAUGAUCCUGGCCCAUCUCUUCAGCCAGGAGGAGCUGUCUGGCUGCACGGAGCUGGUCCAGCAAUACAGGGAGUCGCUGGUCGGAGCCCCGAACCUCAGCAACAUUCAGCUUUAUUGGAGCAGCUACAACACCCGUCGGGACCUGAACUUCGAACGCGGAGGAGACGUCACCCUGAAGUGCCCCGUGAUGCUUGUGGUGGGAGAUCAGGCCCCCCAUGAAGAUGCUGUGGUGGAGUGUAAUUCCAAACUGGAUCCCACCCAGACCUCCUUCCUCAAGAUGGCAGAUUCCGGGGGGCAGCCCCAGCUGACACAGCCUGGGAAGCUGACUGAGGCAUUCAAGUACUUCGUCCAGGGCAUGGGAUACAUGGCCUCCUCCUGCAUGACGCGCCUGUCGCGCUCCCGCACCGCCUCGCUGUCCAGCGCAGCCUCAGGGGACGGGAGCCAGUCCCGCUCCCGCACCCUGUCCCAGAACAGCGAGUCGGGGAGCCCCCAGCCGCCGCCAGCCCCGGGGCGCGGAGCCCACACCAUGGAGGUCUCCUGCUGAGCAGAGGAGGGGGAGGGGAUGGAGACAGCUCCCGCCUCUGACCAGGACUUCCUGCUAUCCCACAAUGCACUCCGGCCCCAGGGGCCACGCGACGCUCACCCCCUAACGGUACUAAACCGGGGAGGCCCCGAUCCCAGAAACAACAGCACAAGCAGCGUUAACCCUUUAAAAACAAAAUAAUCACAAAAUAAUCAACGCCCUCUGGGCCCUGCCCCACCCCUUCCCUCCCCCAUCACCUUGGCUCCUUCCCCUCCUUGGCCUUUCUGUAUCUUUGGGGGUGGGGGGUGUUUUGCAAGUGGAGGGGGGGCACGGUGUUUUUCCCCACACCCCCUUUGCCUGUCAUAGCCCUGACUUCUGUCCAUUUGUCCCAGGGCAGUCCUGUUCCUGCCCCUUUGGGGUCCAUCUGUCUGUCAUGAACAUCCCCUUCCUGUGAGCCCUCCCCAUUCCGUCCAUCUGUCUGUCCAGAGACAGCCGUGCCGUCCAGCCAUCCCAAGGGUCACCCACCACCCCCCAUAUAUGUGUCUGUCCUGGAAGCCCCUCUUCUGGGAGUGUCACUCCCUGCCUCCCUUCCCCCCCCCAGUCUCUAUCUGUCCUGAGUGCCCCUUGCCCACAUCUGUCCUGAUGUGACACCUAAAUCCCCACACACACACACACACACGUCUCCAUCCUUUCCCAGGAUGCAUUGCAAAGCCAUUCGCCAUCCCCCAGCCUGGGUUUUGUACGGGGAGGUUGGGAGGCCCUUGUGUCUGCAUUUGGCUCCCUUUCCAGUUAUUCCCCACAGACGUUGGGUGUUCAGGGCAUCUCUCCCAGGGGGCGCAGGUGCGAGGGGGCGGGGCACUGUGCACUAACCUGCGUAGAUAUUUAGCGGCGUGUGGCAUGCAUGCAGGAGCCAUGCUGGCUGGAGCAUGGCUGAGGCAGAGAAUUGCUCAGCUGGGGAUGUUGGCAAGCUGGUGGGGGUGGUACAAGAAGGGGGCCUGCAGGAAUGUGAUAUUCAACUGGCUUCCGACUGUGCCAACUGUUGCAGGCCCCAACUCUAGCAGGUUCUGACUGUUGGGUUCCGGCUGUAAAAGGGCCUGGUUAUACCAGCCUCUGACUGUAAUAGCUUUAGCCUGGGGUAGGUUCCAGCAAUUGCACCAGGCUCUUGACAGCUGGUCGUAGUAAUGGACUCUGCAUGGACUCUGACUGUAGCAGCUGUCUGUGUAACCAGCUCUGGCUGUACUAGGUUUGUAAUGGGCACUGUAAGUAGAGGGCUCCAGGUGUAAUGGACUCAUGCUGGUGUAGAGUUACAGCUGUAAAUGCUCUGCCUGUAUUGGGCACUAUAAGGCUAGGCUCCAACUGUGACAGACUGAGUGUAGCGGACACCGCCUGUCCUGGCUGUGUAGCAGGUCCUGUUUGAACUGGGCUCCAACUGUAACAAGCUGUGAAUGUAACUGGCUCUGACUGUAACAGCGCUGUGCGUAUUGGGCUCCAACUGUACUGCCCAUGUACGAGUCUGGCUCUGACUGUACCAGUGACAUACCAGGCUCCAACUGUAACAACACUGUGUGCUGCGCUCUGGCUCGCCCAGGCUCCAGCUGUACUACUACUGUACCAGGCUCUUGUGUCCGACUGUACUGCUGAUGUAUUGGGCUCUGUCUGGCUGUAGCAGCUGUAUAUCCACGGGGCUGGGGCUGUUCCAGAGCACCUGACAGCCAAUCCCAGCCUUAACAAUAAAAUCUGUAGAGGAAUCUGCCCCGCA